CGCGUUAGAAACGUGCAGGGAGAGGUGUGCGCGGUGCCCUCGGUAGCAGAAACAUGUCUGAUGUGCCCGUGUGCGUGAGGGAUUACGAAAAGAAGGCCGAGGAAACGCUCCCGAAAGCCGUGUUCGAUUACUACUUCUCUGGAGCCGAUGAGCAGCAGACUCUGGCUGACAACGUCGCCGCCUUUUCCAGGUGGAGGCUAUACCCCCGUGUGCUGCGAGAUGUCUCCAAUGUGGACCUCUCCGUCUCGGUCCUGGGACAGCAGCUCAGCAUGCCGGUGUGCGUGGCUGCCACCGCCAUGCAGAGAAUGGCCCAUCCUGACGGCGAGACGGCGACCGUGAGAGCAUGCAGGUCUCUCGGGACGGGAAUGAUGCUGAGCUCCUGGGCCACGUCUACCAUCGAGGAGGUGGCAGAAGCAGCGCCACAUGCAGCGCGUUGGAUGCAGCUGUACAUCUACAAGGACCGCAACCUCACCCUGUCGUUGGUCCGGAGAGCCGAGAAGGCUGGGUACAAGGCCAUCUUCCUCACAGUGGACACGCCUUACCUAGGGAAACGCCGAAAUGACGUGCGCAACCGGUUCAAACUUCCCGCUCAUUUAAGGAUGGCUAAUUUUGAAACCCCUGAUCUGGCGUUCUCCUCGAAGGAAGGGUACGGCGAGGACAGCGGCCUGGCGGUGUACGUCGCUCAGGCCAUCGAUCCCACCCUAAAAUGGGAAGACAUUGCUUGGCUGAAAAAAAUGACAACCCUGCCAGUGGUCUUAAAGGGAGUUUUGAGGGCCGAAGAUGCAAAGGAGGCUCUUAAAUACGGGGUUGAUGGGAUACUUGUUUCGAACCACGGGGCUCGACAGCUGGACGGUGUGCCAGCCACUAUUGACGUUCUCCCGGAGAUCGUGGAGGCUGUUGGAGGCAGAGUGGAGGUCUUCCUGGAUGGUGGGGUGAGAAGGGGGACUGAUGUGUUGAAGGCCCUGGCCUUGGGUGCGAAAGCGGUGUUCGUGGGCCGUCCCGUUCUCUGGGGACUCGCCUGCGAUGGUGAAAAGGGGGUGAGAGAUGUUCUACAGCUGCUGAAAGAGGAACUCCACCUUGCAGUAGCACUUGCAGGUUGUUGCUCGUUGAAGGAAGUUAACGGAUCCAUUGUGAGAAGCUCUGGGGUUUUCUCUAGAAUAUAAGAAUCCAGCAGUGCGCUUACAUGGGUAUAAAUAGAUCAGACAUGAACAAAAGCAAUAAACCUCUUCCUUUAAAAUAUAAUGGAAUGUUGAUAUGAUUUAGUGAAAUAAAGAACAUAGAACAUACAAGGAUAAAAUCUGUUGUACAAAAAAGGUAAAUAAAUUCCUGAACA